AUGAGCUUCCUGUGGGGUCGGCCCAAGGCCGCAGCCCAGCCUGCCACCCCUUCCGGGACUGAGCCACAAGCUACCAAGCAGAGCGGCAAGGCACAGAGCCUGGAACUCGUCAAGUACCAUGCGCAGACCGGCAAAUUCGAGGUCGGGACAGAGGCCCUCCGGAUCCUGCGCGCCACCGCGGGGCCCGUGGGCGUCGUAUCCGUGUGCGGGAGGGCGCGUCAGGGCAAGAGCUACAUCCUGAACCAGCUGCUGGGGCGGGCGGGCGGGUUCACGGUGGGCCCCACCCACCGGCCCUGCACCAAGGGCCUGUGGGUGUGGUCGGCCCCCGUGCCCCGCACGGCAGCGGAUGGCUCCCCAUACCACCUCGUGCUGCUGGACACGGAGGGCAUCGAUGCCUACGACCAGACGGGCCAGUACUCGACCCAGAUCUUUAGCCUGGCAGUACUCCUGUCCAGUCUCUUCGUGUUCAACCAGAUGGGCGGCAUCGACGAGGCGGCCCUGGACAGGCUGUCGCUGGUGACCGAGAUGACUAAGCACAUCCGCGUCCGCGCCGGUGGAGGCGAGGACGCGAGCGAGCUGGCGGCCUUCACGCCUUCCUUCCUCUGGCUCCUCCGCGACUUCUACCUGACCCUGGAGGAGGACGGGCGGUCCCUCUUUCCCGACCGCGACUGCUUCACACUGGUGCGCCCCGUGAACGAGGAGCGCGAGCUGGUGUCCCUGGACGGCCUGCGCCCGGGUGACCUGCGCCCCGAAUUCCGCGAGGGCCUGGCCCGCCUGUCGGCCCUGGUCUUCGCGCGCGCACGGCCCAAGCGCCUGGACAGCACUGUGGUCACCGGCCCGCUCCUGGCGGGGCUGGUGGAGGCGUACGUGGAGGCAAUUAACGCGGGGGCGGUGCCCACCAUCGCCACCGCCUGGCAAGGCGCUGCGGCCGAGGCCUUUGCGGCGCGCGCGCUGGGGCCGGACGCCGUCAAGGCGGCCAACGAGCGGCGCUGGCGCGAGGCCGUGCAGGCCAGGUUUGCCAAGGCGAGGAAGGAGGCGCUGGCCAGCGCUGCGCUGGCGGUCGAGCAGUGCCUGGCGGCGGCCACCAAGCGCGAGCUGGAGGCGCAGGCGGCCGGCGCCGAGGCGGCGCUGCACGCCGAGCGCUCGCGCUCGGCCGCAGCCGCCGUGGCCGCCUCGCAGGCUCAGGCACAUGCCUUUGCCUCGCCCAUCCCCCCCUCCCCGCCGCCGGCUGCAGGAGGCGCGGGACGCUUUGCGGGCGCGCGCACCGUGCCCAGUACGCCCAGCGCGGUGGAGGUCAAGAAGAUGACCAAGGUGGCGAUGCAGCAGUGGCUGACGGACGCGGGGGAGGGCGCCACGGUGUACAGUCUGGGCCUGAAGAAUGCCAAGAAGGCGGAAUACGAGGCAGCGGUGCUGGACGUGCUGGGCAGCGUAUGA